AUGAUUUCAAGAUUGGGAAUCAGAGUUGGUGGGUUCGGCCCCAAGGCCAGGCCAUCGUCGCAGUUUGUCUUUAGAAGGACAGUCAAGACCCCUACUAUAGACUGGAAGCCCAUCAAGUCCUCCGUUACAAACUUGGCUAGAGCAGAGAAUCAGGAGAAGCUGAAAGGCUUCCGUAGAUUCAUCUUGGGACUCAUGAUAGCCAUGCCUGUGAUCACAUUUUGGUUGGGAUGCUGGCAAGUGAAGCGUCUUAAAUGGAAAGUUGACCUUAUAGCUCGUUGCGAGCAUUUGUUGGCGGAACCACCAUUGGAAGGCCUACCCCAGCAAUUGGAUCCAUCAGUUAUACCGGAAUUCGAGUAUCGUCGUUUUAAGGUAAGAGGCCAUUUCGAUUACUCUAGAGAGCUUUUCUUGGGCCCUCGUAUCAGAAACGGCGAGUUGGGCUACCUUCUUAUCACCCCAUUUGUUCGUGCUGAUGGUGGAAAACCGAUACUCAUAGAACGAGGAUGGAUUGCAAAAGAAAAGGUUAUUCCAGAAACCCGUAACAAGGGUUACCUCUCGCACUUGGCCUUUCCACAAGGUGAAAUCGAGAUCGAAGCUAUGUUCAGAACGAUGCCAAAGAAGUCCAAGAUGCAAUACGAACACGAGCCAGGCACCAAGCUUUUCCAUAUCCCCGAUGUUGACGCCAUGGCGGUAGAAACUGGCAGUUUGCCAAUCUAUGCUCAAAUGAUGUACUCAUUGAAGGACAAGCAGGAUUGGGAGGGACCUAGCCUGAAUGUGGAAAAGAAGGGCUCAUGGAAAAGUCUAUUUUCCAAAGACACAACACGUAAAGCUGACCAUCUUCCAGACUCAGACACCGACACUACUCUUCAGUAUCAAGAAUUUGAAUUUGUCGAGCAGGGAGUCCCAUUGGCGGCCAUUCCCAAGGUCAACUUCACUAACAACCACAUGCAAUAUUUGAUCACCUGGUUUGGAAUUUCCAUAGCCAGCACAGCACUUCUUUUCUGGACAUUCUACAAGAAGAGAAGUACUGCAAGUGCCGAGAAAGUACUUGAUGCAAAGAGGAAGGAUAUGAAGAAACACUUCUAA